UUCACAUCCUAAACUUUGAAGGGCGACCGAGACGCACAACCGUGGGAGGAGGGGGUCGCCUUGCGCAGUGGGGAGAAAAGGGACGGCGGGUUGGAGGGAAGAAAAGAGGAUCUGGGUCCAGCCGCGGGUGGGUGGGCUUGCUGUGGGAGCCUCUGGAGCGGGAGUCACUCCGAAUGGAGCCGGAGAGGCGAGCGUUUGUAGCGGGAGAGAGGGAAACCCUUUAAAACAGCGAGCAGGAACUCUCGGGUAACAAAAGGGAGGCAGGCCAGGGGAGGGGCCGCCGCCGAGCAGGGGGGGGGGUUUGCAAAUUAUGCGGCCAACGUUUGCUUCGAUGGCUGGCCCGGCCGGGCUGAGGCUGGACUUUCCCAAGAUGAGCACGGACGGCAGGCGGGGGGCAGCCCGGUUACUGCCCAUUGAGCAAGGUGGGUCGCAGCCAUGCCAGAUGCUGACACAAUGACAGCAGCAGGCACAGUCACCAAUGUGAGCAUCAAGGCCAAAAACAGUGUUUGCAAAACGACUGAAAGUAGGGUUCAACUUGCAAGUCUAAAUAAUAUAACCACAAAGACAGACGUUUGGUGUGAGCCUUCAAAGAGAAAGUACUUGGACAGUAUUUCCACCAAGCUAGCACAUGAAGAAGAGCCAUCUGCUGUGGUAAAGAACACACUGAAAGCACUGGAGAACUUGAUGUUGGAUCCAAGGCUGGACUGUUUUCAGCAGAACAUGCUUAGUCCCAAGAUGAUCAUUGGUGACCCUUCUGUAGAUCUCAGCAUUGGGGAAAGUGGCAGGAUUAUAAGGAAACAAAUGGGAGGCACUCAGAAUUUUCGGGCUAUUGGGAGAGGCAGCUUGAAAAAUAAGCCUUUGAGUAUCAAGGAGAAGAUUUCAAAGUGGGAAGGGAAGAAAGAUGCAAUGUCUUCUGUAACUGCCUGGAAGGAGGAAGACCAAGGAGAUAGAGAGGAUCUCAGUUCAUUUUUGGGUAUAGUGGAGAAUAUAACCAAGGAUAGUGCAGUAACAAGGGAAGUAGACACCAAGAGGCAGGUAAACUGGCAGCUGGACUGUAAAGGAAUAAGUAAAGACAUUGAAAGAAGAACAGGAACAGCAAUAAAUUCAGGGCAACAUACAGAGAGAAGGGUAGAGAUGAAGCUAAAAGAGGAAGAACUUAACUCCAAUGUCGGCAAAGGCGCUGAGUUGAAAAAUGGGAAGAAGGAUGUCCCGAAGGAGAACUUGUCUGUCCUGAGCCAGGUCAAGAAGCUGGAGCAGGCCUUGAAGGGAGGUUCAGCUGAGCUCCAGCCACAGUUACCAGGUACUUACUAUUCCCCACAUUGUCUACAAGAAAAAACAGAGGAAAGUCACAACCCUUCUGAAGGCCAAGAGAAUGUCAGCCGGUCAGAACUUGGGAAGCGACUCCUUGGUUUGGACUCUGACUUGCCUGAGCCAAUCUUUGGAACUCUAGAAGAGGUCAAGGCAUCUUGUGUAAAAGGCAAAAUCAGCAAUGAGGAGAAUGUGUACACGGAGCCAGGAUUGCCUGAAAAGAAACCUUUUAUCAACCCACUCCCAAAGCCUCGGCGGACUUUCAAACAUGAGGGUGAGGAGGGAUGGGCCCCGCUAAUUAGGGGCAAGAGGAACCUGCCCCCUCUGCCUUCUAUUCCACCCCCUCCUCUCCCAUCUUCACCUCCCCCUUCGGCAGUCAGCAGAAGACUGAGGAAUGGGAAGCACAAGACCAACACUGAUCACAGAAAGUCAUAUGAAUUUGAAGACUUACUGCAGUCCUCUUCUGAGAACGGUCGGGUAGACUGGUAUGCUCAAACUAAAUUGGCUUUAACACGCACUUUAUCAGAGGAAAACGUCUAUGAAGAUAUUGUAGAUCCUCCAGUAAAAGAGAAUCCCUAUGAAGACAUUGAGACAAACAGUCGUUGCCUGGGGAAGAAAUGUGUCCUGAACUUUCCAGCAUCUCCUUCUUCUUCAGUUCCUGGCACACCCACAAAGCUGCUGUCCAAGCCCAUCUUCUUUCGACAAAACUCCGAACGGCGCAGUUUCAAGUUAUUAGAUAUACGGAAAUCAAAUCGGGAUGGGACAUGUUCUCCUUCCAAAAUCAGUCCUCCUUCCACUCCGAGCAGCCCCGAUGAUACUUUCUUCUCCUUGGGUGAUCCUCAAAAUGGCAAGAGAAAGAGAAAAAUUCCCAAGUUGGUGUUGAAAAUCAAUGCUGUGUAUGAGGCACGAAGAGGGAAGAAGAGACUCAAGAGGUUAUCACAGUCCACAGAUAACAGCUCAGGAAGAGUUAUAGAUGAAAACAGUGAAUCAGACAGCGACACUGAAGAGAAGCUGAAUGCUCACAGCCAGCGUCUGGUUCAUGUGAAGUCUCGCCUGAAACAAGCUCCCAGAUACCAAACCCUGGAACGGGAUCUGAUUGAGUACCAGGAGAGGCAGCUCUUUGAAUACUUUGUGGUGGUGUCCCUGCACAAGAAACAAGCUUGCGCUCCUUAUGUCCCUGAAGUCACUCAGCAGUUUCCAUUGAAGCUUGAACGUUCUUUCAAAUUCAUGAGGGAGGCGGAAGACCAACUGAAAGCCAUUCCCCAGUUUUGCUUCCCUGAUGCAAAAGAUUGGACGCCUGUUUGCCAAUUUGCCAGUGAGACUUUCUCCUUCGUCUUGACUAGUGAAGAUGGCAGCCGAAGAUUUGGAUAUUGCAGAAGGCUACUGCCCAGUGGGAAAGGGAAGCGUCUUCCUGAAGUCUACUGCAUUGUGAGCCGCCUUGGAUGUUUCAACCUCUUUUCUAAGAUCUUGGAUGAGGUUGAGAAAAGGCGUGGCAUUUCCCCUGCCUUGGUACAACCCCUUAUGAGGAGCGUUAUGGAAGCUCCAUUUCCAGCACUGGGCCGGACCAUCACUAUCAAGAACUUCUUGCCUGGCUCUGGGACAGAAGUAAUUGAGUUGCGUCGACCACUUGACUCUAGGCUGGAACAUGUUGAUUUUGAGUCCCUGUUUUCCUCACUCAGCAUCCGGCACUUAAGUAGAGUCUUUGCUUCCCUACUGCUGGAGAGAAGGGUGAUCUUUAUAGCAGACAAGCUGAGCACCUUGUCAAAAUGCUGCCAUGCCAUGGUAGCACUCCUUUACCCCUUCACGUGGCAACACACCUACAUCCCUGUACUUCCCCCUUCAAUGAUAGACAUCGUCUGUUCACCAACCCCCUUUCUGAUCGGCCUUCUCUCCAGUUCGCUUCCCCGCCUCAAGGAACUGCCAGUGGAAGAGGUCCUUGUGGUUGACCUUGUUAAUAACCGGUUUCUCAGGCAGAUGGAAGAUGAAGACUUUAUCUUGCCUCGGAAGUUGCAAGGUGCAUUAGAGCACAUCCUGGAGCAGAGGAAUGAGCUGGCCAGUGAUGAGGAGACCUCUCUCAAAAGCAAGCAGGCCUCCCCAGAGUCCAGCCCCUUGAACGAGGUGGUGUCGGAAGCUUUUGUCCGCUUCUUUGUGGAGAUCAUGGGCCACUACUCCCUUUUCAUGAUUCCUACUGAGCGGGACGAGAGGAGCCUGCAGCGGGAGGCCUUCCGGAAGUCAGUCUCUUCCAAGAGCCUUCGGCGAUUCCUAGAGGUUUUUAUGGAGACACAGAUGUUCGGAGGCUUCAUUCAGGAACGAGAGCUGCGGAAACAAGGCGCCAAAGGUUUAUUCGAGGUACGUGUCCAGGAGUACUUGGAAACACUUCCGAGUGCAGAGCAGAGUGGAGUCAAUAAAUUCUUGAAAGGUUUAGGUAACAAAAUGAAAUUUCUCCACAAGAAAUAAGAACCCAGGAUACCACUGUUGUUGGGAAAAGGAAUUUUGUUUUACAGAUCAGCCAGUGAAAAAUGGGCUUUCCCCACCACACCAGUUUCCCAUUCAACCUGCUUCAAAGGUCACAUUCCAGCAUGGGAAGGGUCUUGGGAGGCAGGGUGUCCAGGAACUCUGCUUCUAUAAACAGUUGGCCUGUGGUGACUUCUUCAACAGCAAUGAGGAGGAGGAGAUGAAGAAGAAGAGGUUGUUAGAACAGUCGUCUCGGUUUCUACGAAGGACAUGCACUGGACAAAGCACACUCAGAACUCUGGAGCUUUGUAGAUAUUGUGGUGGUUUUUAUUUCUUAGCUAUCCAAUGUUUCUUAUUUAUAUUGGCCUUAGGAGGACUGUAUUAGCCAAGGACACGUGAGAUGGAAGAGGGAGAGGUUAUAAAUGUGGAGAGUGGACUGGAGCUGCGCAAAACCUGUUCUCUGACCAAACACUAUGCGAUGGAAGAUGGGUGGCCCUUCCUAGAUUUCAAUGAACACAUGCCUAUCUUUCUUUGGAGUAAGCUGAGAGACUGAUGCCAUGUAAUUAAAAGUGAAUGAUUACAAAAAAGGGGGGUGAAAUGUGCUCAAGUCUUAUAUAUACUGUAUUAAGUAAGUGGUCUGUGGGGUUUUGGCUGACUUGAUUCUUACUUGGCUGAAC